GCCGCCGAGUCGAUCCGAGAGACUGAGGUCAUCGACCCCCAGGAUCUCCUAGGAGGCCGGGAAUUCUCCGGAGCCCUACCCGACGAUGAGGAUGUGGGGGUCCCUGGGCAGGAAUCUGAUGACUUUGAGCUGUCUGGCUCUGGAGAUAUGGAUGACUCUGAGGACCCCAAGAUGACUCUGAGGAUCCCUGAAAUCAUCCAGCCCUUGGAGCCUAUAGACAAUCACAUCCCUGAGAGGACAGGACCUGGCAGGCGGGUCCCCACUGAGCCCAAGGAGCUGGAGGAGAACGAGGUCAUUCCCAAGAAGAUCUCACCCUUUGAGACUGAGAAUGUGCCCAACAAAGUGUCCAUGUCCAGCACUGCUCAGAGCAGCAGCAUCUUCGAGAGGACAGAGGUCCUGGCAGCUCUGAUAGUGGGAGGCAUCAUGGGCAUCCUCUUCGCCAUCUUCCUGGUCCUCCUGCUGGUAUACCGCAUGAAGAAGAAGGACGAAGGUAGCUACGACUUGGGCAAGAAACCCAUCUACAAGAAAGCCCCCACCAACGAGUUCUACGCCUGAAGCUUCCUCGUGGGCACCGGCCUGGAUUUGGGGGGGGGCGGGAAGUGGAAGGAUUUUGAAGGGUGGACAUUAAGGGAGGGGGGGCAACCUAAAAACUGACCUAUCAGCAUCUCCAGCUUCCAUGACGUGUCAAGUAUGAGAUGAGAUGGUGUGUUCUGUGCCUUCCUGAUUCUCUGGGCCUCCAUUGUGCCAGCCGAAAAAAUGGGAGGAAACCGGUCUCUCCGAAGGUCCCUUCUAACCUUCCAGCUUAGAAGCCAAGCCCAGCUCCAGCAGUCUGUGGACCAUUCAGCCGGGCCUGUGCGACGCUGGGUGCUAGCUCUGGGUCGCCCCAGCAGCUGAGAGGAGCUCCUAGAACCUUCCGCACCUUGAUUCACGUCCAUCCGAGGGCAAUUGUGACCAUGCUCUGGCCAUUCUAGGCUCUUUCAAAUGACUUUUGGGAAUCUGACAUUUUUGUUUGGGGAGGGAGGGAGAGCGGGGGUGGGUGGACAGGAAGGCAAGCGCUGACUGCUGAUAGAAAAGGGUUUGUAGGGUACUUAUGUAUGUGCGUCUAGGGUGUCUUGUGAAUGUCCAUUCCUUCAUGUGGCUCUGCUGGCGGGAGUGGCCCCAGUGAGGGGUCCUCCGCUGUCCCACACAUUUCCAGAGCACCUGCUAAGUUUAUAUUUAAUGUUUUUUUUUGUUUGUUUCUCAAAAAAGAGAGGAGAGCCGGCGAUAUGACUUUUAUUAAUUUUUUUUUUACUAUUUAUAGCUUCAGACAGGGCCCUUCUUCCCCUCUUCCUCUUUUUCUUAUUUCCCUCCCCCAAUUUUUUAAUACUUCAUCCACUUCUGCCCCUGACUUUAGCCCUCUCUGAAGCUGCUGCUUCUUCUAAGAAGUGACUUUUGUGGAAGCAGUUUCUUAGCAGACCCCAAAGUACAAUGUAGGGGAUGACGGGAUAUUUUUGUCUCUUUUCUUGUAAUAUAUUGUUCUUCUUCCUUGGUUCUAGAGAAAUAGAUGAAAUAUAUUUUUCCAGGAAGUAGCGUGCUAUUUCCGGUUUGGCGUGGGCGGGUGGCUGAGCGAGUGAGAGUGCGUGACUGAGUGGCCUCUGGCCUGGCCUGUGUCUCGGGUCGCCUCCUGCCUGGGGGUGGGGGCGCCUGUCUGUCUCUUCCUUCUGGCCUUUUCCUGGGGCUCGGGGGCUUCCUUGGCGGGCGCUCUCAAUGUAAGGGGAGAGUCGGAGGGUCACUGCCCCGCGCCACCGCUGACCACGUGUGGCUGUUCAGUCAGUCAGAAGGAUGUGAAGUUCAAGUUCAUUCCUCAGUGACUAACCACGUUCAAGUGCUCCGUGACCGCUGGCUGAAUGGCGGUGGCUGAAUGGCCUGUCCUGAGUGUACAGGGAGAGGCCGUCCCCACCGGGAGGAGCUCGGGCCCUUGGCUGCCGCCGCCUGACCUUCCUCUCGCUGGGAGGGGGCUGAGGAGGCCAAGCUCUGGGCCUGUGUUCUGCGAGCCUCCCUCUCUGGAAAGGAGGGGUGGUGGCUGGGCCUGGUCAGACCCCAUCUUCUCUUGACCCCACUGGCAGGGGGGGGCCCCUCCUCCUUCACUACCCUUCACCACUGGUCCCAGCUGGCUGGGCCCUCCCCGCCCCAGUCCUUCCCCUCCAGAGACUUCGCGAGUGAGCACCUUUUCUGUAGUCUCCUCACACUGUUGUCUGUUACUGAUUUUUUGAUAAAAAGAUAAUAAAACCUGGUACUUUCUAGA